GGAAAACUGAAGCGAGUGAUUCCUGCUGUUCUUGUUAACUUCAGACUGUAAAGAAGACCAUGAAAACCCCAAAUGCCACAGAUGUCAAAAAGGGGAUUGCAGUCCUUUGGGAGACUCUGCAGUGCCCCAUAUGUCUAGAUUUAAUGACUGCACCUGUAUCCACAAAGUGUGACCACCAGUUUUGCAAAUUUUGUAUGUCGAAGCUUUUGGACAACACCAAACAAAACAAUGCCAGCUGUCCAGUGUGUAAAGCCAAGAUAACAAAAAGGAGUUUGCGUGAGAGCCCAGGGUUUCAGAGACUUGUAGCAGGAUUGCAAGACAUGAUUCAGGCCUAUGAACAUGACACUGGCACAAACUACUUUACUGGAAUGUCCCAGCAAAACAGACAAUCAAGUGUCACAGAUGCUGAAGCUAAUAAACAAACUUGCAAUGGUUCAUCUGGAGAUACACCUGGUACUGACCCUGACAACGUGGAAAGUGCAGACAAUGAUGACCCUCCAAUGUCCCACUCUUCAACUGUAGCAGCCCAGAAUGGAUUUGCAAGGCUGAUGGGACUUGAAGACACAAGUCCCUUGACAACAGAAAAUGAUGGUCUGGAUAGUGGCCUCGGUGGGGCCCUACCAAUUCCAGAAAAUAAAACACCCAGCCCCACCGAUUACGCAGAACCACUAGAAGCAGAAACAUCAGAAGUUGUUGAAAAGGCAACGUUAACACACAAAACUAGAGGCAAAAUGAGACAUGCCAAAUUGGAGGAAUCCUCGCUUCUUCCUUUACUAAUUUCUAGUGAGACAGAAAACCAACCUAGAAGACGGUCCUUAAGGAAGAAGCAGAAAAUGGAUUUGGAACCUGAAAAUUUUUUAGAGCAGAGACAGAAAAGAAGUGUUGAGAAAGUCGCUGAGUGGCUCAUGAAAGUUCCAACUGAGGAAAGUCUGGAGUUAGAGAAACCUGCUGAAGACACCUGUGACCCAGACGACUCUGGCAGCUCUUCUUCCACUUCAACGAUAAAUGUCAAGCUACACUAUAGUGACAUGAAUCCAAAGAGAGAGAAUCGUGCUAAAGCGCUUGAAGAGCAGGUGUUCGGGGCUGUCUACAAAAGAGACCGAAGAGGGAACAGAACCACCUCUCCUCCACUAAAUGUGUUCGUUGAACCACCAACACACCCCUUAGCUAUAGAAACAAUGACACCUGAAAAAGUACCCAAAAGAAAGAAGAACAGAAUCACUUCUGCUGAUUUUGUAGAGAAGUCCAGCUCUGAAGAUAAAUAUGAAAGUGACAUGGAGGAAGAGCAACAAAUGACAGGGCAAAUAAAUGAUACCUGCAGUGAAAAGUUUAAAGAAGCAGAAGAGAAAGUCACAGAGGAAAAUAAUGAAAAGGAAACCAGAGACAAAUAUGAGAAAGGAUUAAACAACAUUCCAGAAAGAGAUGAGGUUCCCUGUCUUGUGUCUGAUAUUAAACCAUAUCAACCAGGCAGAAAGUUGAAGAAAAGGAUGCGUGACACUCUUCAGCAGGUUGACAGUGAUUUGCAAGAGCGAGCUAAGGCAAACGUGGAAAGUUCUGAACAAAAGAAAACUGACAAGAGGAAAGGUAAAAACACUAAGUCAGAAAAAAGCAAGUCUGGCAGAGUGGUGAAGCCCCUUGUUCUGGUUGGAGUUCAGAAUGGAGAGACCAGUCCUAAAACUAGACAAGUAGAAGAAGAAAUCCAAGUUCAUAUUGAGAAUUACCCUAGCAGCGACGACCACGAAACCCCCAUCAUGAGGAGCACAAGGAGAAGCAGAAGGCUUCAACUCUUUGCCGAGGAAGUCCAGGAAGGUCCCAAGAAAGCAUGUGCUCCAAAAAAGAGUAUACAUGAAAAAGACAGCAGUGAUGCAGAGCAAUCUGCGGAUGCUAAAGGUGGUAUAUUGUGUAAUUCGGCCUCACCUAAAAAUGGAAACUUGUCCAAACUAAAUGGAUGCAUUUAUGAUCAAGAUAUUGGAGGAAUUGAAAACAUGGAGUUUGGUGAAAGAACGUCUUCUCUGAGACCAACAGAAGAUGUUACAUCUGUCAAAGAGUCCGUUGCUGAAACUCUGUCCGAGGCUGUAGAAGAUCCAGCACUUGAAAGCGAUAAUCCAACUGAUGAAUGCCCAAAUAACAUUCAGUCGCAGACUUCAGCUUGCAAGACUAAAUGUGCCAUAAAAGAAAUUGAGGAGGAUAAGAAUGACAGCGAGCUGGACACAGAGCAACUGCUCAGGAGCUUCAAAUCCACUAAAAGGAAAUCUUUCCAUCUUGGAGGUUCAGAUGUGAAAAGGAGCAGAAGUUUAGGUGAAGAAAAUGUGCACGAGGAGAGAAGUGAUAGUGGUUCUGGAGUCAAAGGGACAAAACAGCUGAGAAACUCUGACAUCACUAAUCCACAUGUGUUACAAGACAAUGACAGCUUAUCUUGUAGUGAUUGGAUCCCCCCAUCUAACUCGUCCAUCCUGACAAGAAAUAGAGUCUCCAAGAAAGGAGAUCAAGUGGUUGAAGAAGGGUUGAUCCCUGAAACGAGUAGCUCAAUUCAGGACAGUGCUGAAAACUUCGGGAACAGUGUCAGUAGUGCCCUCAGCCCUAAUAAAGUGUCAAAGCAUGAAACAGAGAUUCCUCAUUUUUCUGUUGUCCCUCAGGUAGUAGAUUCUGGGCUCUGCUUCAGAGCUGUUGAGUUGUCUGAAGGUGGUGAACGUGAGGAGUUAAACAAACCCACAAGGUGUUCUCAAAUCACAGACAGUAAGCUUGGUUGUACUGCGAGGGAUGCUGAGAAAGUGAAGGAGAUGAGACAGAACAUUUCACAGGAAAAUUCAGCUGCCUCUGGAAAACAGAGUCCAGUCAAUGCAGCAGAGGGUUUCUUAAAUGCAGAGUCUUUAACUCCCGACGGCCUCGGAAUACCAGUUGUCCAAGUGAGCCCCGAAAUAAAGACGAGCAGCCAUAGGAGUGAAGAGCUCAGCAUCCAUUCCUCCUUCAAGAGCAACCUGAUAAAGAGGAAGAAGGCUCAGAGGCUCCAGUCUUCAUCCGAGUCUGAUUGCAGCGGAUCCAAAGAAGAAUUACCAACUUUGACCCAAAUUUUUGGAACAUCAGCUCCUCCCUCCGCAGUGUGCCUGGAUGUCCAGGAUCAGGCAGACUCCAGAUGUGAAGGUGCAUGUGUUACAGCUGAUGCAGCAGAACAGCUGAGCCGUCCACCUGCGUGCCCGAGCCCCGACUGUGUUAAUUCCAGCCAAGCGUCUGUGGACUUGUUUGGCACACCAGAUGAAUGUGAUGUUCCAGUAAAUGACUCCAGUGUUAUUGAGUCAUCACAAUUCUCAAGCGAUGUCCUUGUCACUCAGCAAAAGAUAGAAAUGCAAAAGGAGCUGUUUAGGCUGGAGAAAUUGAUGGCUCUGGUGUCAGAGGUCCUUCAGGAGAAAGAGGGCAGCCCUGCCAGCAAAGUCCCCUCAGAAACACAUCCGAGCUCUAAGACCACAGGCCCAGACGUGCACAGACCCCUCCCAUGUGAACAGAGUGCAAGGCAAAGUUCAGACAGGAAUGAUGUUCCUGAUGCAGGACUAGAGCCUGAUUCACGACCAGGUGAUGGUAAAGAGAUGGGUAAUGAAGAGAUGGCCGUGCAGCGCUCCACGCACACAGGGUCGAGUGUAAAAGCCACCGGAGCCUCCAAAACACCUAGUUCAAGCUCAGCAGCCAAAACGCUUAAAGGCUGUAGUUCACCAGCAGAUGGGCAAGAGAAUAAAGAAAACAACACUCCUGAGAGAGACAGGAGUAAAGCUAAAAUGGUGCUAGUAUCAUCUGGAUUAGAGCCCACUGAACAGAUAAUGGUGAAAAAGUUUGCCAAACGAGUCGGCGCCCGUGUGGUUUCCCGGGUGACGCCAGAGGUCACACAUAUCAUAAUGUCCACAGAUGAACGACUGGUGUGUGAGCGCACGCUGAAGUACUUCCUUGGCAUUGCAGGCAGGAAGUGGGUAGUGAGCUUCAAGUGGAUUGCUGAGUGCUUCAAACAAAAGAAACUCUUAGAUGAGACAAUCUUUGAAGUUAGAGGUGAUGUGGUGAAUGGGCCCAACCACCAGGGCCCCACGAGAGCUCGCACCACUGACGACAACAAUCUGCUCAUGAAGGACUACCAAAUCUGCUUCCAAGGACCUUUUGCAGACAUGACUACAGAUGAACUGGAGUGGAUGGUGGAGUUAUGUGGAGCAGUUGUUGUGACAGAUCCACUUCAGCUCGACGAUAAACAGAAGUCCCAUCAGCUGGUUAUUGUGCAACCUGGAUCAGAGUCGCGGCCGUCCACGUACAGCAGUCUCUCUAAACAGGCUACAGUUGUGACUCGCGGUUGGCUGUUGGAUACAGUGGCAACUUACACCCUCCAAAACUAUAGCAACUAUACAACAUGACCUGUUGUAUCAUCACUGCUAUUGUCCUCUCUUG